GUGUGAAUCACAGAGAGGUUAUGAUGGUUAAAAUGGGAUUCGUGUUUCUAUGUGUGACAGCAGCACUGGAGUUCAGCAGAUGCUCACGUGUUCAUUCAUUUAUUCAUUUCUCUCUUGCUUCAUUUGGCUGUUAAACUGGAUAAUUCUGACAUGUUUUGUUUUAUUUGAUCAACACUGAUACACUAAAGGCCCCUUUACAGGAGAUACAUUGAUGUACAUUUAAAAGUUACAAUGUAAUAUAAAAACACGAAACACCAAAUACAAUUGAUUGAAAAUACAUAUCAUACAAAACUGAUUUAUUUACCCGUUUGUUCUUGCGUAUUUGUGUCAAAUCCUAAACAGCCUGUUUAUUUACUUUCCACAGCCAGUUUUCUCUCUCUUGUUUGGUGACUGACCCAUGUAAUUUUGGAUUCUGCCUGCAGGUAGAGAAGUGCCCCGUUUCAGACUAUAAUAAACCCUGACCGCAGCGAGUUCAGAGAGUUAGAACGGCCGCUGUAUUGCUUUGAAGCCCCACCACAGACCACAGACGCAGUGCACGGCCAUGUGGCUUCACUUUUAUAGCGUCUAUGUGUUCUCUGUUUUUCAGGAUUGAACUCAAGUGAUAUGCCUGCCCCGCCUCCAUUAUAAUGCAUCAUUAAUAAACAUGGGAGGCAGCGGAUCCAAAACUAAAGGCGUGUGGCCUUUCACCAGCGCCGGAGCUGCAGGAGAAACACCCGGCGAGGUCAGCGAACAGUGUUUAGCUCGACUGAAGGGAUCCAAAUGCGGCACACCGUUCAUCUUCACGAGGAGAAGUUCAUUGUAUUUUGAUGAAGAUGGUGAUUUGGCUCAUGAGUUCUAUGAGGAGACCGUGGUGACCAAGAACGGACGAAAGAAGGCCAAGCUGAAGAGAAUUCAGAAGAACCUCAUACCUCAGGGAAUUAUCGAGUUGGAUCACCCACGGAUCCACGUCGACUUUCCUGUGAUCCUCUGUGAAAUAUAAGAACACGUCCAGAACCCUUCUGAUGUGCUUCUGCAAGAUGCCCCGUGGCUCUCUGUUACGACGGGACGCCUCGCUUGACCAAAAAGAUGAAUCACAUUUACUGAUGUGUGUCAUUCUAGACAGCAGACGUGUGUGGUUCUGUCUCCUGUGACGUACGACGAGGUGUACAUGUGCAAUAACAGUGUGUGUGUGUGUGUGUGUAUGAAGAGCAGAGCAGGGACUGUACAUACAUCACGUGUGUUUGUUGAUAUCCUCCAAUCACUGUGUGUCUCUACUGUUGUCAUGUGUAUUAUAUUCUGUCUGACCAGAUCUGCACUUGUUGUACAGUAAGUGAUGAGAUGACAUACUUGAAGAAAAUAGUUUAGAAGAUGAAAUAGUUGCAUUUGUGUUCUGUUUAUUUGUUGUUAGUAGUCUUUGAUAUUCCAAGUAUCAUUUUUACGAUCUCAUCCUGCGGUGUUUUUCUCAUAGAUUGAAAUAAAAUCCUCAAAUUUUGUGGCUUGGUGUUGAGAGCU